AUGUCUGCCGUUAUCAUAAAUAGGCAAUUCAACACGACUAUAAUAGAAUUAGUUAGUACUGCUAGACGGGAUACAAACUACGAUCAAAAUAGAUCUCGAAAAUAUUUUGAAAAGAGACAAGCGCUUGGAGAACAACUAUUACGUGAAGUAUUUAAAUCCCAAGACAUAGUUGAAACUGAUUACUUUGGCUUAACCUACUACCAUCCAAAGGCUCAAACUUAUCUUUGGCUAGAGCCAAAGAAAUUGCUUCGAAAACAAAUUAAAGGUAAAACACCGCACUCUGCCUGGUUUAGAGUCAAAUUUUUCAUUCGUCCUGAUAAUCUGCUGGAAGAGCUAACAAGGUAUCUAUUUUAUCAGCAAAUUCGAAACGACGUUAAGGAUGGCAGGCUUCGCGUUCCACAGGAUAAGUUAGCGGUUGUUGGAGCAUUCAUUAUACAAGCGGAACUUGGUGAUUAUGAUGAAAACUAUCAUUUAUCGGGCUAUUUGAAAGAUACACAAGUUAUUCCAGAUCAGACUGAAGCAGAUGAAACGGAAAUAGCCAGGAUACAUAAAUCUCUAAGAGGUCAAAGUCCCGCUGAAGUAGAAAGAAACCUACUGGCAGUAGUAUCUAAAUUUAGAACGUACGGGGGUGUAUCUUCAUCCGUUAGGGAGGCUUACGUAGGAGUGAUCACUUUAUGGACACUUCCCGGAGGAAUAGCCAUCGAGCGCAAGGAUAAACAACUUGAAAUUUUAGGAUGGACUAGUAUCAAAGAAUUAAGAUUUAAAGGAAAGAUUUUUCAUGUCGUGAUGGAAAAGGAACCUGGACAAUACUCAUGCCGGAAUUUUAGAUUUCCUACUUAUCGUGCAUGUAAAGCUAUCUGGAAAUUGUGUAUUGAAUACAUUGGAUUCUAUAGAAGUAAGAAGGAAAAUGCAGAUCGUUCUUGGUUUAAUACAAUUCAAAGGAAACUACGUUCUGAAUCAAUGUUUGAAUACUGUGGUAGAAAUUACGGUGAAGUAUAUCGGGACAAAUCACUUCGGAGACCAAAUAAAGCUACUGUCAAUAGGUUUGUAUUGCAAUUGCAAUUCAAUGCGGUCUUAAAUUUAUUAAAUUUUAUAGCACGUGUUGAUGGAAUUUAUGAUGUUCGUCCUAGAACUCAAUCAUUACGGAUAAAGUCUCCAGAACAAUCACCAGGCCCUAGUUCACCACGUAGCUCUCGCAGAAAUUCUACCGGUGGAAUCUCCAACGAUACUAAUGAACCAUCUGGAAAAUCGUCAACGAAUGCCUCAAAACUUGAUGGCGAAUCUUUCGUAGAUAAUCCUACCGAGCCUAGAAAUACAUGCGAGAAGUCAAUUACUGAAUUAAAGAAGUUAAUCGAAACAAAAGAGAUUUUUAUUGUGUAUAAGGAUGUUAUAACUUCAAAAGAAUCUUUCACAUAUGUUGAAGGGCGAAAGAAAAAGAAUUCACCAAAGAAUAGAUAUAGAGAUAUUCUUCCAUAUGAUCAAACAAGGGUAAUAUUAUCAACCCCCGCUAAUGACUACAUAAAUGCCAGUCUAGUAAAUAUGCAGAUUCAAUCUCUAAAUAUCACGAAUAGUUAUAUAUGUUCUCAAGGUCCAUUAAUUAAUACAGUAAAUGAUUUCUGGCAGAGUAAAUGUUACCAUUACUGGCCAGAAAAUGGUCCACCUACUAAAUACGGGAAUUAUAAAGUUAAAUUAACUUCUGAAAGUGAGAAAACUGAAUCUGUUGUCAGAGAAUUUGAGCUGUCUUUAGGAAAGGAGUCGAGAAUUGUUAAACAAAUCCAAUAUAUUGGCUGGCCGGACCAUGACGUACCUGACAGUUACGAAGAUUUUAUACGCUUCGUUCAAUACGUCAAUAGCUGUCGAUCUCAGCCUGAUAUCCCAGUCACAGUUCAUUGCAGUGCUGGUGUAGGACGCAGCGGUUGCUUUAUGGCUAUGGAAACGGCAUUUUGUAAACUAAAAGGAUCUGAAGCAAUAGAUAUUCUACAGAUACUUAAAAAAAUGAGAGAACAAAGAGGAUUAUUAAUUCAGACACCGGAUCAGUUCGCAUUUGUAUGUAAGGCUAUAGUACACGCGUAUGAUCGAUGUUCUCGCGACUUAGAAUUUCUUUCUCAAAAUACCUACUUGUUACCAUUAAGGAUCUAA